AUGGGUUUUAAGUAUUCGAUUCCCACAGACGGCGCCAAACUAUUAAUGCUUUUUUUCGGAGAGGGUCAACUUAGAGAUAGGGGUUUGUCUUUAGCAAGAGAAGGGCCUGGGCCUUCAGUAGAUGGCUGGCCUGCAGAAGACAAAACAGGAGAAGCAGUCGUUAAGCUUCGGACACCGGUGUGGUGCCGACCGAAGGCUCUCCGAUGCUUGAGUCAGCUAGGGGUAGUAACUAUUGCAAAGUUUGGCAGUUCGGAGCUUCGGCAGGUGGUUGUCCCUUCGGAAGAGCAUCUCCCUUUGGCAGGGAAGAAGGCAUGUCUGCCUUGGUACAGCAAUGGACAUGAGUUUGUGGCAACUGAGAAGGACUGGGGCUUUCCAUUAUUCAUUCGUCUAAGUGAGCUUUGUAACCAUGAUAAAGGGUAUCUCGUGAAUGAUACAUGUAUUUUUGAAGCUGAAGCUGAAGUUUCAGUUCAUAACGUUAAAGGUAAGAUUUUAAAAGACCCAGAAACUAGUUGA